CUGUUGGUGCAACCGGGCCCAGGAGAAUAAUAACACCACGGACUGGAAGAAGAACUCGUAUUCGCUCUCAAAUAGCCUUAACCUUCCGACCCCAUCUGAUUCCAUGCUAACCGCUUGUCCAGCGAAGUUAGGGACACGGUGUUUGUCCACGCCUUCGGUUUUUAUACAGGAACGCUGCAAUUCUCCACUUCUCCGUGCACGGCGUGAUGAGCAUGGUUCAAAGCAGUCCUCUCUGGCAGACAACCAAAAGUCUUUUUCUGGUCUUCUUCCUCUUAUUCGAGUCACAAAUUCCGACUGCGAUCUUCGUGAUUCUCAGAAAUUUUCAGAAAUUCGGGACUCGAAAGAAAGGUUGACAAUGCCUGCUGUGGCCCCAGGGGCCCACCCCCUCUGUCUAAGGAGGGCAAGGAGCCAGGAAAACCCGCGGCAACUGGGUGGCUGCGGAAAGCAGUUUUAUUCUCCUCGGUUGUCGAGGAAGACUGUAUUGAAUACCAGUAUUACGACGGAUAUAUUUAGAAAACAGGGGGAGAAGGUUUUGAGUUUUGAAAGAGAGAAUUCUGAUGAGGCAGAUGCACAAACAUCGUCAGAUCCAGCAGAGAAAAAAGCGGCGUCCUCUUUUUAUCUUGGAGACAGCGUAGAAAGCCUGGAGUCACGUGAGGAACGGUAUUCUUUGUCGUCUGCAGGAAGUUCUAGACAAACAGAAAGUCUAGAGUCACAAAGCGAUCGUAACUCCUUGUCGUCUGGUGGAAGUUCUAGAAACCAGUCUCAGAUGGACAGAGCCGAUAGUGCAAAGACAGAACAAUAUGGUAAUAGGCCAAUCACAGAUUCCCACUAUGAAGGACACCGUCUUCAAGAAUGCGAAAAUUUAAACGACAGCUGAGCAUGUAUUUGAGACUUUGUUUCUUAUAAUGAUACAUACAGGAAGGGGCCCCAGUGAUAUCUUCUUUUAAAAGACUGAUUUUAAGCAAUGAGAAUGAAAUGAUGUAGAGAAAAUCUGUUUCUUUCUUUCUUUUCUUUUUUUUAUUAUUACACUGAAUUCUCAAAGGUUAAUGAGAAAAGGUGGCCUGUUGUUCUAUUUUCACGUAUAGCUAGGAUGUAGGUUGGCAAAGAAUCACUACCACUGCACGGAAUGUUUUAUGGAAAUACGUGUAGAAAUGGAAGGGCAAACUGAGAAUCAAAUUGUCUCAUUAUAGAAUCAUAUAUCAUUUGAAUGUCUGUCAAGUGACAAAGCUGCCAUGUUUUGGCAAUCAUUUUUUUUUUCAAAAUUGUUUUUUUUUCUGUGUAUCUCCCUUACAGAAAUGGAAAUAAGAAGUCACAGUUGCUAGCAAAUGGUACUUGAUAAUGUGGAAUAAAUAUCAAGGUUAACGACCAAUAACUCCCUUACAUGUAUGGAAAAAUAAACUACAUUAUAAAAAAGAACUUGAACGGCAGAAAAUGCUUUUAUUGACUUUCCGUAACACAUAGAAUUAAAGAAAAUUUGCAUGGAACAACCACACAUAAGUUGGCACAACCACAGAUAU